ACCCGCUGGGGCAAACUCGGCAGGAAAGGCAGACGAAGUUAUUUCCCCUUCCCAAGCAGAAAGGUUCCGAUUGGCAAGAUGGUGCCCAGCUGUCCCCGCGCGCUCUUCCUUCUGCUGCUGCUCCUCGCCUGCCCCGAAUCGCGGGCUUCCCAGAACUGCCUGAGCAAGCAGCAGCUCCUCACAGCCAUCCGCCAGCUGCAGCAGCUGCUCAAGGGCCAGGAGACCCGCUUCGCUGAGGGCAUACGCAACAUGAAGAGCCGCCUGGCUGCGCUGCAGAGCUCUGUGAACCGAGUGGGCCCAGAUGCCCCCCCAGUUUCCUGCCCUGCCCUGAAUGCUCCUCCUGAUGGCAGAAAGUUUGGAAGCAAGUACUUAGUGGAUCACGAAGUCCAUUUUACCUGCAACCCUGGGUUCCGGCUGGUUGGGCCCAGCAGUGUGGUGUGUCUUCCCAAUGGCACCUGGACAGGGGAGCAGCCCCAAUGUAAAGAAAUCAGUGAAUGCUCUAGCCAACCUUGUCAAAAUGGUGGGACAUGUACAGAAGGAGUCAACCAGUACAAAUGCAUUUGUCCUGUAGGAAGGACUGGAAACCGCUGUCAAUAUCAGGCACAGACUGCCGCCCCGGAGGGCAGCGUGGCCGGCGACCCUGCCUUCAGCCGCGCGCCGCGCUGUGCGCAGGUGGAGCGCGCGCAGCACUGCAGCUGCGAAGCGGGAUUCCACCUGAGCCGCGCCGCCGGCGCCGACAGCGUCUGCCAGGAUGUGAAUGAGUGUGAGCUCUACAGGAGAGAGGGGCAUCCCCGGCUCUGCAUGCACACCUGUGUGAACACCCCGGGCUCCUACCGCUGCACCUGCCCAAGUGGGUACCGGACCUUGGCUGAUGGGAAGAGCUGUGAGGAUGUCGAUGAGUGUGUGAGCCCACAGCAUGUGUGCCCCCCGGGAACCACAUGCAUCAACACAGGUGGGGGCUUCCAGUGUGUCAGCCCAGAGUGCCCUGAGGGCAGCGACAAUGCCAGCUACGUGAAGACGUCUCCCUUCCAGUGUGAGCGAAACCCCUGCCCCAUGGACAGCAGACCAUGCCACCACCUGCCCAAGACCAUCUCCUUCCAUUACCUCUCUCUGCCUUCCAACCUGAAGACGCCUAUCACACUUUUCCGCAUGGCCACAGCCUCAGCCCCUGGCCGACCUGGACCCAACAGCCUGCGAUUUGGAAUUGUGGGUGGGAAUGGUCGUGGCCACUUUGUGAUGCACCGCUCGGACAGACAGACUGGGGAGCUGAUCCUCGUCCAGACCUUGGAGGGGCCUCAGACGCUGGAGGUGGACGUUGACAUGACAGAAUACCUGGACCGCGCCUCCCAGGCCAAUCAUGUGUCCAAGGUCACCAUCUUUGUAUCCCCUUACGACUUCUAAGGGUGCCACGGGGGUGCCAGGGUGUGGAGGUCUGGGCUCAUUUCUCUUUCCCUAAGACUCAGAAGGGGGUAUGGACUGCAACAGACCUCUCUGCCCACCCCUGUCACAUGCCAACCUGCCUCUUCACCCAUGGAGUGGCAAAGGACAGCCACAAAACCCAAACUGCUGCCACCAUAUUUUUUGCUUUAAGGUGCUUCCCCUAGAUUAUGCACUCAUUUUCUCAAAUUGUUUUUUCAGGUGCAUAGGCGGCUUCUCAAAAUGUCAUGUGAAUGGCAUUGAGUUUGAACUAUCUGGGGAGGGAGAAGUUCCUGGUAUGUGUCUGAGAUGACAGUUAAUCCUUCUGUAUUGUUACAGUCAAACCUUGUGAUGAAGUGGUUCUAAUCAUGCUGGGGGUCAAAUCAUGCACGUGGCAUGGGUCCAGGGGCCCUUAACCACAACCCGUCCAUAUUACUCUUACUCAAAUUCCUCUCUUUGGCAUGACAGCCAGCCUUCUCUCAUCAGGGAACCAUGAGAGGUCCUGGCACCCCCAUGCAAGUUCUUCUAGACUAAGGGACCAGUGUUAAAGCAUAGAUUCUGCCUGAAUUGAUCCCCUUUUGAGAAAUCAUAUCUCAAAAGAUAACCUGUUGCUAUAAUUGGAGAAACAGUCUAUUGCUCCUCCCCAUCCACCUGGCCUGUCCCUGAGCACGUGCUAGCCCAGUUCCUUCUAGGAAAGGAUACCUGAUUGUCUUUCUAGGCUGGACCCCUGGCUUAAAUGAGGAAGAAAGAAAACACAAAGUUGAUGUUGGGAUUGCUCUACCAAUAGAAAUUUGGGUUGGCCAAAUGGUAGAUUGGUAAGGAAGGCAAUAUCUGGCAACAGAGAGUUUUAGAAAAUGCUUGCAUUGCCAUUGAUUAUAGUUACUUCUGAUGGUAAAGCCAGAGAUGAUGCCCUCCUGGUGAAUGAGGAAAGAAAGCACUGCCUGAGGCUAGGAAUGGACUGUGAAAGACCCUAAAUUCAAACUGAGCUAGCUAAGCUGUGAAGAUGUGUCAAUGUUAGUCUUAAGUGAGAUUGCAUCACAUUUCACUUAAAAAUUCGUCUUGGUGUGAGGUGGAGCUAGAGAAACAUGUUGCUUCUUUAGUGAUCAAAUCCUAAAUCAAAAUGGUUUCUGGGACACCUUACUUUGUCAGCAAAGAGAGAGACACAAUCAAGAGUUGCCUUCGAAAUUCUGCUGCCAGGGUCUCAGCUGCACUCUCUCCAUCCAACAACAGAAAAAGGGCCUACAAAUGUACUUUUCCAGGUUGUUUCAAGACUUUAUUAAAACGAUUAUCCACAGCCUCAUGUUCCCAAAUGGUGCUAUGAUGGAACAACCCAAACCCCUGUACAGAACACCAGAGCCCAAGGGCCUGGCCAUGUUCCUGAAAAUAAGAUGCCCCAACACUGUCCUCUUCUUUCUGCAGAGGGCGUGGGUGCAGCCUAGAAAGAGAAGCCUCUUACCUCCCAGCAUGUGAGGAAUCAUUUGGGACCUAUAGAACAGGUGCCCCACCUAAACCAAUGUAUGAUAAUAAUAUGAAUGCCAAACAGGUCCAGUGUAAAGAGUGGUCUGCAUUGCCAAGAUCUGCCAUUGCCAACAAACCUGCUUCCAUUUGUAAAAUCCCAUCUGAGGCCCAGUCCCCUUGGCCUCAACAUAAGAGUACCCAGCUGCGUGAGUCCUCCACUUGUGGAUUGUCUGUGUCCUCCCUCCCUAGGCAAUACUGUGCUCUCUAUAUCCUCUCAAUUUACUUUCUCCUAAAUGGAAACAGACUUUUUUGUCCUUUCAAAGCACCAAUCUGCUCUAGGUUAGAGUAGCUAAUAAUUAACAGUUACUAGUUUACACCCCUCACCAGGUAAUAUAAUUCUAUAUUAUUUGGUUGGGAAUUUUUAAAACUUUUUAUUAUGCACAAUUGCAAACAUAUACAAAACUAGAGAGAAAAAUACAGUGAAUCCCAUGUCCAAGUCACCAACUUCAACAAUAAACAUAGGCCAAUCUUGUUUCAUCUCUAUUCUUGCCCCACCCGAUGAUUUUGAAACAGAUACUGGAUAUUAUAUCAUUUCAUCUGUAAAAUAUUUCAGUAUGUAUCUCUAGACAAUAAAGACUUUUUUUUAAAGAAAGCAUCCCCUCCAUACCAGUCAUUCCUAAAUAACAGCAAUAAUUCCUUAAUACCUUCAAAUACUCAGUCAUUGUUCAAAUUUCUCAG